AUGUUCGAAAAUCUUAAGCCACAUGAAGCGGUUUUGAUCUCACAAAGUGAGUACUUCAAUUGGGUCGCAGAACAAUGUGGUUGCCCAUCCAUUGAAAAUUGGAGAAAGGAACAAUAUAAUAUCGCCAUCAAGAGAGACAGUGCCACUUUUCGUGAUGAUUCAUGGGAUGAUAAUGAUCAACUUAUCAAAGAAGCAAACCGGGAUUUCGCUAAAUUCAAACUGAGCAAAGUUUGUUCUACCUAG